AUGGAACCCUUUCUGCUCUCUGUUUUCUUUAUGUUUCUGGUCCUUAGUAAUGCCACGGCAAUUCCCUGGCCUGCCAGUGGUGUCGAUCCUCUUGUCAGCUUGGUGGCCCGCAAUGAAACCUCUGGCUCAGCUGCUUCCACCAACGAUCUCACCUUCAAUAUCAGUCCCAAUCCAAUCGGCCCACCGUGCGGAAUGACCUGGGAAGUCAACAUCAAUGUCGAGUCUCGUGGCUCCGUCGGCGACACCAGCACCUCCUGCAACGCUUUGUACAACUAUGUCACCUUACCCUCGUCGUCCGUUCCCCAGACCAUCAGCAAGGACGUCAACUUCGUCUAUCUCUGUCCUGACACUCUCACACCGAUCAGCGCCGAGGGGUACGGUUACCGCGACAUCAAAUUCAUCGUGAAAGGGCCGGCCGAUUUCCCUGGUGACCAAAACACAUUCUUGGCUCAAUUGCAGGUCUUGAACAUCGAUGACAGUCCGGAGACCAAUAUGAACCUGCCGGUCGAGAUUGGAUACGCCAUCACCGACAAUGCCGAUCCGUUGAAGCAGCUCACCAUGCAGUACAUCUACUGUGGGUGA